AUGCCACACGCAAGCUCCCUGCGGGUAGCGCUGCUUAAGCAGCAGGCUGAUGCCUCUCCAGCCGUGCAUGCUGAUGAGGACGAAGAAACAGAUGGGCUGGGUGACCUUCCCUCCAGCAGUGGCAUGCGGCCGACGGUGCCGCCUGCUCUCGCACCCGGAGCGUUUGGGCCGCUCUCUUCUGACGACUGCUUUGCCGUGGCACUCGAGCUCGAUAUUCCUUGCGGCGCGGGCGAUAAGAAGGCCACGUUGCGGGCCUACUACACGCCGCCCAAAGGCGGGGCGUCGAGAGGCACGACCGUAUUUGUGUGCCACCACGGCGCAGGGUUCGGUGCCCUGUCCUAUGCGCUGACGGCCCGUUCCCUCUCGCACCAGACUGGCGGCGAAGUUGGCAUCCUGGCGUACGACUGUCGAGGGCACGGGCGCUCCAAGUUUCCGCCAGAGGUGGUCAACGACAUGUCGCUGGCCGCGCUAACGAGCGACCUUGUGCAAGUGAUAUAUACCCUAUUUCCCGACGCGGCUCAGCGCCCGUCCCUCAUCCUUCUCGGCCACUCGAUGGGCGGCGCGGUGGUCGUGGAAGCAGCGCACGAGCUCGAGAGCGACACGCAAGUGCGCGUGCUGGGCGUCGCUAUGAUCGACAUUGUCGAGGGCACAUCGCUUCGGCUCCUCCCUGACAUGGCGAACAUUGUGCGGCAACGCCCUGAGGGCUUUGUGAGUCUCGAAUCCGCGAUCCAGUGGCACAUCAAGUCGCGCACGAUCCGCAAUCCUCAGAGCGCGCGGCGGAGUGUGCCGUCGCUCGUGCACGAGGCGCGGGGCUAUGCGACGCUGCCGUGGCGGUGGAACGCCGACCUGCUCGCUACAGAGCCUUACUGGCACGGCUGGUUCACAGGCCUCUCAACCAAGUUUCUCCGCUGCCGCGCCGCGCGCCUGCUCAUCCUCGCCGAGACGGACAACCUCGACCAGACACUGAUGAUUGGGCAAAUGCAGGGCAAGUACCAGCUCGUCGUGAGCCCCCACGCAGGCCACUGUGUGCAAGAGGAUAUGCCCGAGCAGACCGCAGAGACACUCGCGCACUUUUGGCAGCGCAACGACAGGCUCCCAGCCGGCUUGCGCCCGGUCGGCCAGGCGUGA